CUCUAUUAAUUCACAUACUUGACAUCAACAUCAUAUAGACACUGAAUAAAUGGCAAAGAGAUUUCACCUUCUUGUGCAAUAUAAAGAAUUGGUCAAAAAUUUCCAAUCAACAACUAUUCCUAAAGCUGCUAUAGUUAGCCACUUCUCAAUUGCAAAACAAUCUCAUUAUUUGCAUACUCAAGGUGGUGAUUCAUUAGUAGGAGCAGAAAAUCAAGGGUCCGAGAAAGCAAGUGAGACUAUAGGAAAUGUUGAAGAAACCAUAGGUAAGGAAAGUGUGGAGACUGCAUGGGAUGCAACAAAGAAAACUGUACCAUUAGUGACAGAUACGACCACUGCAGAAGCUGAUAUGAAUGUUAUGGACACAGUGGAGUAUAGAAGUAGGGAAGGUUUGGUGGGGCAACUUGGAGAUGGCUGUGAUAAUGUUCGGUUCUAAUUAAAAGAAUAUAAGGUUAUAAUUAUUAUAUAGAUAUAUAUAUAGGAAUUAAUAAGAGGGUAGUAAGUCUUAUAUAUAUCCUAUAUAAAAUUUUUCUUGUUUUGAAUUUUAUCUUUGAGUGAUGAAAUGAAAUGAAGUUAUUAACAUUAACC